AUGACUGUGACCGCAGCGCAAGCCGCAACGGAGGCCGCGGUCAGCAGCUUGCUAUCCCCCAAAUUGCCAGACAAAGGCCCGUACGACUUCAACUUUGCGCCCUUCCUACGUGUCAACGGACUUGCUGCCCUCGCCUCAACUGUACCUGUUUGCGAGACCUAUGCUUCAACAGGAUCAUGCCCUUUGGGUCGGAGAUGUCCCAACCGCCAUCCGACCCCUACACAGCCACCACAACAUCAUUAUGGCCGCGCGAACGAUAACUAUGUCUGUAAGCAUUGGCUCAAGGGUCUUUGCAAGAAAGGAGAUGCGUGCGAUUACCUACAUGAAUACAAUCUGAGAAAGAUGAGCGAGUGCCAAUUCUUCAAUCAGAAUGGCUACUGUCAGAACGGUGAUGAGUGCCUCUACGUGCAUGUCAAGGAAGGCUCAAAGCUGCCCAUGUGCGAAGAAUACAGUAAAGGCUUCUGUGACAAGGGGCCAAGAUGUGGCAAGAGGCAUGUCAGGCGGAAGCUUUGCGAGUUCUACAUGGCUGGAUUUUGUCCUGAAGGUCCGGAAUGCAAACACGGAGUACAUCUCAAAACGAGCGGCAAGAUCGGCGAAUCUCAGGAAGAGCGACUGCGCAAAGAACGUGUUGCUGAGCUCGAGAGGAGAGAAGAAGACAGCAGGAAAGAAUUUGGCUGGCGUGCGAAGAAGGGUCGGGGCGGAGGCGCCGGUCGAUGGCGCGAUAAGAGGGACAGGGACAGGCGAUGA